AUGCACUCACAAAAGGGACAUAAACCAAUAUACGGCAGUUUUAAUAACAGAGAAGAAAUUGACACAGUAAUAACAAAAGCCGGAAUACAAUUAUCAUUCAAGGUACCACAUAAUAUAGGAUUUCCGUCUCUGUCAAGAGAUGGUAAAAAAGAAAAGACGUUUUCUUCCAAACCUCAAAGCCGAGGAACAGGAAAGAAACAGAUAAAUUAUUCUGGAUCAACAAUAAAAUCAAAAAAUCCGUCAAUAACAUCACAAGAAUCGAAUACCAUCAUAUCUUGCACCAAUCGAGGAGUUUCCUCCACCAACACAUCAAUAACGAUAAAUAAUCAAUCAACUUCGCAUCCUUCUACACAACCUUCUACGCAUCGUCAACCCCUCAAAGAUAACAAAAAUUCAAUAACAGUUAAUAAACAAUCAUCAAUUCCUUCUUCUAGAAAUUUCAUCGAGAAUUCCUCUCAAAAAUAUGACGUUACAAAGAGUAAACCCAACUUAAAUGACAACAAAUUAACAACAAACAAAAAUCCUCAUACAAUUAUUAACAAUGGGUUUCCACCUCUUGGAAAUUCAACCACAAAUGAUGGAAAACCUCAAUCGAACAAUAUUCCUAACAACAUUAACAACAUUUCUUCCAUUUCUUCCGUUUCUUCCGCAAACUCCGUUUCUAAAGAUUCUAAUUCAGCUGUAGAUGGUAACCCAUCAAAUCUGAAAAGUGCAAAUAAUAGCAAAUCUUCAAUAAAAAGCUGGGCGGAUUUAUUGAAGACAUAUCAAGACCCAACGACUAUAACUGUAACAAAUUCCUCCAAGCCUACUGUAACCAAACAACCCACAUUAUCUAAUAAAAAUGAAAAACCUGCACAAUCUUUACAAAAUGGAAAAUCUAAUGUAGGAGGUCUCGUUGGGGUGUUGUCGAAUUAUGAGCUUUCGUUACACAGAGUUGAAAUGCAACCUCGCGGUUUAGUAAAUUUAAAUAAUACUUGUUUUAUGAACGCGAUUUUACAAACUCUUUUCCAUUGCCCGCCAUUUUAUAAUUUACUAGCGCGUAUUGGGAAAGAAGUAGCUCAUAGCUUUAAGAGCAAAACGCCUCUAGUAGAUUCAUUGGUAAUGUUUAUAAAUGAAUAUAGACAAUCUAAAAAUAAUGAAACAGAAUUCGGAGAGCCUAUUUUGCCCGAUUAUGUUUACAAUGCCUUGCGAAGCCUCAAGAAAUUUGAGAAAGGUCGACAUCAAGAUGCCGAGGAAUUUUUGGGAUAUUUACUUGAUGGAUUGCAUGAAGAAUUCCUGACAGUUUUCAAGCCUGGCGGUGAAUCGAAGAAUGCUUAUUCUAAUCAAAUACUAAAUGGGCAAGCUGAUUCAAAAGGCGAUGGUUCCGAAGAACCUUGGAUGGAAACCGAUGUUGAAGAAUCACCGAUUAGUCAUAUCUUUUGUGGGCAUUUUCGAUCCGUGCUUCGCAAAGGCAGUAAUGAUUCGAUAACUCUUGAACCGUAUCAAUCAUUGAAACUUGAUAUCCAGCGCGAUGAUGUAAAAACUAUUGGUGAUGCUCUUAAAAAUUUUACCAUGCCCGAGGAAGUCGAUGAUCUUCACUUGUCAAAAAAGGGUUUGGUUCGUGUGACAAAGCAAGUAUAUUUUGAAAAACUCCCUCCAGUUCUCACACUUCAUCUUAAGAGAUUUUUGUAUGAUAUGGGUGGCACUCAAAAGUUAAAUAAGCAUAUUAGCUAUUCAACGACUUUGUCUAUUCCACCAGAAUUGAUGGCUCCUAGUCGGAAAUCGAACGUUGCUAUAGAAUAUCAACUCUUUGGCGUGGUGUAUCAUCACGGAAAUUCCGCUGGCGGAGGUCAUUAUACUGUAGACGUCCUUCGACAUGACAAUGAAUGGAUUCAUAUUGACGACAGCACGAUAUCGCCAAUUUCGGAAGGUGAAGUUUCUGUAGAUGGAAGUUCUAACCAAUCAUCAGAUCGAUCAGCAUACAUUUUAUUUUACAUGCGAAAAAAUUAA